AUGGCCAUCGAAAAAGUCUUUCGCGUCGGUGUCGACGUCGGCGGCACCAACACAGACUGCGUGAUCCUCAACCCCAGCGAAUCCGAUACUCCAAAUCGCGGCAUCCUCAGCGCAGUGAAGACUCCAACAACCGCCAACGUCACCGAAGGCAUCGUCAAAGCCAUUGAAGGCGCCAUCUCACAAUGCUCAGGGCUGUCUCGAGAGAGCAUCUCGGCCGUUAUGAUCGGCACCACCUCGUUCAUCAACGCCGUUGUCCAAGCUGAUGAGAGGAGUCUUCGUCCGGUUGGUGUCCUCAGGAUCUGUGGCCCUUAUGCGAAGGAGAACCCGGCUUUCUUAGAUUUUCCUCCGGUGCUGGCGAGGAUCAUGAACGGGCGUGUGGCGUAUCUGGACGGUGGACUUGAAUUCGAUACGAGGGAGAUUAUGGAGCUUGAUGAGCAGCAAGUCCGGGAUGAAUGCCAGGCUCUCCGAGAGAAAGGUAUCACUGAUGUUGCUGUCUGUGGUAUCUUCUCGCCGCUUGACCUUGAAGGUCUGCAUGAAGCACGGGUGAAGCGGAUUGUUCUCGAGGAACUCCCGGACGCAGAUGUGGUCCUUUCCCGUGAUGUUGGCCAACUGGGGUUCUUGGAGCGGGAGAACGCCACCAUUCUGAACACUUCCAUUCUCAAGUUUGCAAGGAAGACGAUCCGAGGUUUCAAGGAGGCCAUGGAUUGGUUGGGCUUGUCGUGUCCGCUGUUUCUUACGCAGAAUGACGGUACCAUCAUCGAUGCCGAUGCUGCUGAGACGACACCCAUCAAGACGUUCAACUCUGGCCCCACGAACUCGAUGAGCGGCGCUGCGUAUUUGGCUGGACUGGACACCGCUUCAGGCAAUCUACCAAAAGCUCAAGUCAUCGUCGCAGAUGUUGGUGGCACGACCUGUGAUGUGUGUGCGCUUCUGCCGUCCGGCUUUCCACGUCAAGCCGGUACCUGGGUCGAAAUUGGUGGUGUGAGAUGUGCAUUCCCAAUGCCGGAAGUGCAAUCGGUUGCAUUAGGCGGAGGGACGAGAGUUGAAGAGCGAGAUGGUCAAGUUCACAUUGGACCUGAAAGCACUGGCCAUCGUCUUCUCCAAGAAGGGCUUGUGUUUGGCGGUAGCACCUUGACUACCACAGAUGUUGUCGUCGCAAGCGGGAAAGCGGAAAUCGGAGACGUCUCGAAAGUCGGCCAUGUGCCUUCUCACGUCAUCGAGCAAGCCAGAUUGAAGAUCAAACACCUCCUCGAAGCCGCAAUCGACUCCAUGAAGCUCAGCGCAGACGACUGCAUUUGCGUCAUGGUAGGCGGUGGGAGCAUUGUGCAAAUGGAUGAGCUCAGAGGUGUCGGCCAGACCAUCAGGCCACAGUUCCAUGACUGUGCCAACGCAGUAGGAGCCGCAAUCGCCAGAGUCUCUGGGCAAAUAGAUAUCGUCAAAGUCCUCGAAGGUCUCGAAGAAGAUAAGGUUAUCGCGGAGGUUUGCGAUGAAGCACGAAGACGUGCGAUCGACGCCGGAGCAGACGUCGAUAAGGUCAAGAUUACAGAGAUCGAGAACUUGCCGCUGCAGUACGUCUCGACACGGGCUUCUCGGCUCGUGGUGAAGGCCGCUGGACCAUUGGCGCGCAAGGCGCUACUGAAGGGAGGAGCCAGCCUGCCGAGCGAAGUGAACACCAAAGAAUUUGCAGAAUUGAUCUCAAGCAAGCAAGAACAAUCAAACGCUGAGAAGAAUCCGCUAGAUUUCAUCGUAAGCCCGUCCGCCCACGUCGAAGUGGCCGAUUACAGGCCAGAAGUCGACGAAAAUGGCGUCUGGUGGGUCUCAGAAAUUGACUGCGAGUUCCUCGCCAUGGGUGCAUCCAUCUUGGCUUGUGGUGGUGGUGGACCAGGAUAUCUGUGUUAUAUGGCCGGAAGGGAUGCCAUUCGUCGAGGCAAACGAAUGUCGGUCAUCGACAUUGAUGCUCUGCCGGACGAUGCCUGGAUAAUGGGAAACAUCUCUUAUGGCGCGCCCACGGUUACUUUGGAGCGUACGCCUAGUGGUACUGAAGGCAUCGAUGCCACGGAUGCAAUGCUCACAAUGUUUCCCGGCGUUGAGAUGAGUGCUCAGAUAGCCCUCGAGAUUGGUGGGAUGAAUGCCAUCCGUCCUCUAAUCACAGGUAUCCAUUACGGCGUGCCGACAGUCGACGGAGAUUUCAUGGGCCGAGCAUAUCCGCGGCUGUAUCUCAAGACGCCGUUCUUGUACGAUUGGAUGGCGAUGCCUGCAACACAAGCUGACGGCAACGGGAACGUGGUAACCGUGAAUAAAGCCACUAGUAUUCGCAAAGUCGAGAAGAUCCAUCGGAAAGCCGGCCACGAAUUAGGUCUAUUCAGCCAACUUGUCAUCCCACCCAUGGACGUCGCAACAGCGAAGAAAGUCGCCUGCCUCGGCACAACAAGUCUGGCCUGGUACAUCGGCCGUGCAGUGUACCAAGCUCGGCAAGAAAAGCGUUCCAUCACCGACGCCAUCGUCGCGGCCAACCCGAGCGGCAAAGUCCUGUACACCGGCAAGAUAGUCCACGUGCACCGCUACGUUUCCAGCGGAGGCUACACAGAAGGCAGCGUUCGACUAGCACCGAUCUCAAGCGAGGAACAAGAGUAUGGCGAUAGUGUCUCCGGCGAGUCUCGACAUCUUCACCUCCCCUUCCAGAAUGAAUAUCUCCUUGCCGAAUUGAUAGAUCCAGAGACACCGAAUAGUCGGCUCAGUGCCACGGGUGGGAGCGAGAAGAAGCAGGCUCCGGAAGGCGAGGUGCUGUGCACUGUGCCUGACCUGAUCUCGCUGGUAGGAAGCGAUGGGUAUGCGCUUGGGACGCAGGAUGUCCGGUAUGGAGUUCGGGUCAGUGCUGUAGCCUUCGUGGCGAAUCCGCAUUGGUAUACACCGAAGGGGGUUGCGACUGGCGGGCCCAAGGAGUUUGGUUAUGAUAUGGACUUCCGGCCGCUGGGUCCUGCUUACUAUGAGCCGAAGUCGGUUAUGAAGGAAUUUGGGCCGGUAGGAUAG